AUGGCUGCCGUCAAGAACACUGCUCACACCUUUACCCUCAACACGGGCGACAAGAUCCCCGCCAUCGGCCUCGGCACCUGGCAGUCCAAGCCGCACGAGGUGCAGACGGCUGUCGAGGCCGCGCUCAAGGCCGGCUACCGCCACAUCGACACGGCCUCGGCCUACGGCAACGAGGCCGAGGUUGGCGCCGGCAUCAAGGCGUCGGGCGUGCCGCGUGACCAAAUCUGGCUCACCACCAAGCUCUUCAACAACGACCACAAGCGCGUCGCCGCGGCGCUCGACGACUCUCUCUCCAAGCUGGGCGUCGACUAUGUCGACCUCUACCUGAUCCACUGGCCCGCGUCGGUGAUUCCAGGCGAAAAGGCCGUCUUUGACGACUGGAACUUUGUCGACACCUGGCGCGAGAUGCAGAAGCUCGUCGGCACCGGCAAGGUCAAGAACAUUGGCGUCUCCAACUUUGCCGUCAAGAACCUCGAGAUUCUGCUCAACGACCCCAGCUGCAAGGUUGUCCCCGCCGUCAACCAGGUCGAGCUGCACCCGUGCAACCCCUCGCCCAAGCUCGUCGCCUACGCCAAGUCCAAGGGCAUCCACAGCACCGGCUACUCGUGCCUGGGCUCGACCAACUCGCCGCUUUACACCAACGACACGCUCAAGGCGCUGGCCGACGCCAAGGGCAAGACGGUCCAGCAGGUGCUCCUCGUCUGGGGCAUCCAGAAGGGCUGGAGCGUCAUCCCCAAGAGCGUUACCCCUAAGCGCAUCGAGGCCAACUACGACAUUGACGGCUGGAGCCUGACUGACGACGAGGUCAAGACGAUUGAUGGCGUAACGGAGCGCUUCAAGGUCUGCAACGACAACUGGCUGCCCAUCAAGGUCUUCUUUGGCGAUGACGAGUGA